AGCAAGCUAGUUAAAUUUCUUACAUGGUGCUCUUGCCAACACUCUUGACCACGUUAUUACAUUUAUUGCUUCUUGUCAACGAACAUGCAUAGUUUGAUACUUUCCUAUGUGUUUGUUUCCCACGCAGGAGCAGAACCAGCAGAAGCUUCGAAAGGCUGUCUCGGACGUGUCAAAGGAAAUUGGAAAAUACUAUAAGUAUGAGUUUGAGUUGGUGGAGAGAGAACUUGGUGCUAUUGAAGAGGUGGAACAAGCUGAAUGCCAAUGUUGUGGGUUGAAGGAGGAGUGCACCACAGUUUAUAUCACAAAGGUUCAAGAAUGUUACUGUGGGAAGUGGGUUUGUGGGCUUUGUUCUGAAGCUGUUAAAGAAAGAGUAGGGCGAAGUCCUAAAGUGGCCAUGCAAGAUGCUUUGAACUCUCACAGGGAUUUCUGCCAGGAAUAUAACGCCACCACUAGACUUAACCCUCAACUCUCGUUGACUCAGUCUAUGAGGGGAAUAGCUAGAAGAAGUUCAGAGAAUAGAAAAUCUAAGGGGUUAAGCAUAUCAAAGCUUAGUAGGACCAUUAGUUACCCCUAAAAUUAUAUAGUUGGUUUCACUUAGAGUACUAUUCACGAUGAUUGACCUUAUAUUUUACUAGCUAGCAUGUUAUUUUCUUUAC